AUGGCUGCCCUCAAGCACCGGCGCACGGCGCUGGAGCGGGUCGAGAAGUUCCUUUCUGACACCUACUUCACUGACUGCAAUCUCCGGGGCAGGCUUUUUGGGGAUCGCUGCCCACUGGCGUCACUCUCCUGCUUCCAGACCCCGCGGCGCAUCCCGUACGAUGAAGCCGUUCGGCAGGAAUUCCGACCUGCUCGAGUGGGAGACUCCUUCGGGCCCACGUGGGAGACUUGCUGGUUUAAAGUGGAGCUGAGCAUCCCCCCGGCAUGGGCAGGGCAGGAAGUGCACCUCAUCUGGGAAAGCGAUGGGGAGGGCAUGGUGUGGCGAGAUGCCCAGCCUGUCCAGGGUUUGACCAAGGAAGGUGAGAAGACCAGCUACAUCCUGACAAGGAGCCUGAAAGAGUCAGAGCCCCACAGGCUGACCCUGUACGUGGAGCUGGCCUGCAAUGGUCUCUUUGGGGCUGGCAAGGGCAGUAUGAUCGCUCCUCCAGACCCUGACAGGAGGUUCACCCUGAGCAAGGCUGAGCUGGUCAUCUUCAACAGAGAUGCCUACGAGCUGCUGCUGGAUCUGGAAAUACUGCUGGACAUGGCCCAGCUCCUCGGGGAGGAAAACCAGAGGAGUUUCCAGGCACUGUACACUGCCAACCAGAUGGUCAACGUGUGUGAUGUGGCAGACCCUACCACCUUCCCUGCUGCCCGGGGCCUGGCCGCAGCCAUCUUCAGCCAGAGGAACGGCGAGAGCCAGCACACCAUCCACGCCCUGGGGCACUGCCACAUCGACUCUGCCUGGCUGUGGCCCUAUGAGGAGACCAUCCGGAAGUGUGCGCGGAGCUGGGCCACGGUGCUGGGCCUGAUGGAGUGCAACCCAGAGCUCACCUUCGCCUGCUCCCAGGCCCAGCAGCUGGAGUGGGUGCGCAGCUGGUACCCUGGGCUCUACGCACGGAUUCAGGACUUCGUGGCAAAGGGGCAGUUCGUUCCUGUUGGAGGCACCUGGGUGGAAAUGGACGGGAACCUGCCCAGUGGGGAGUCGAUGGUGCGGCAGUUCCUGCAGGGGCAGCGCUUCUUCCAGCAGCAGUUUGGCCGGACCUGCUCAGAGUUCUGGCUGCCAGACACGUUUGGCUACUCAGCCCAGCUGCCCCAGCUGAUGCGUGGCUGUGGGAUCAGGAGGUUCCUCACACAGAAGCUCAGCUGGAACCUGGUGAACUCCUUCCCGCAUCACACCUUUUUCUGGGAAGGCAUUGAUGGUUCCCAGGUCCUCACCCAUUUUCCUCCUGGUGAUUCGUAUGGGAUGCACGGACGAGUGGAGGAGGUGCUGAAAACAGUGAAGAACAACAAGGACAAAGGACGGGUGAAUCACAGUGCUUUCCUCUUUGGCUUUGGAGAUGGAGGAGGGGGUCCCACGCAGAAGAUGCUGGACAGGAUGAAGAGAAUGAGUGACACAGAUGGGCUGCCAAGGGUUCAGCUCUCCACUCCUGACCAGCUCUUUUCUGCCCUGGAGCAGGAGUCCUCACAGCUGUGCACCUGGGUUGGAGAGCUCUUCCUGGAGCUGCACAAUGGCACCUACACCACCCAGGCACAGAUCAAGAAGGGGAAUCGGGAGUGCGAGCGAAUCCUGCACGACGUGGAAGUGCUCAGCAGCUUGGCUGUGGCACGGGGCAGUGCCUUCCAGUAUCCUGCCAGCCAGCUGCAGCAGCUGUGGAGGUUGUUGCUGCUCAACCAGUUCCAUGAUGUUUUGCCAGGCAGCUGUAUCCAGCUGGUGGUUGAGGAUGCCCUGCAGUACUAUACAGAGAUCCGCAGGGCUGGAGCCAGGCUGCAGGAGGAAGCUGUGCAGUCCUUGUGCAAGGAGCUGCUGCAGCCCGAGGCUGGCAGUGCCCACAGCAGCCUGGUGCUGAACACUUUGCCCUGGGAACGCACUGAGGUGAUCUCCAGGACUGGGCCAGACGGAAGGGACGCUUUAGCUCUGGUGACAGUCCCCAGCAUGGGCUAUGCUCUAGUGAGGGAGCCAUUGCUGCCCCCUCAGCCUGUAGCAGUCAGGAAGCAGGAGGAUGGCUCCAUCACCAUGGAAAAUGGGCUGAUUGCAGUCUGCCUGGACAGGAUGGGGCACCUCACCUCACUUCAGCUGGUGGGCUCCCAGAGAGAGUCAGUCCCAGAUGGCUGCUUUGCCAACCAGUUUGCACUCUUUGAUGAUGUUCCCCUGUACUGGGAUGCCUGGGACGUGAUGGAUUAUCACUUGGAAACCAGGAAGCCAGUGAGAAGGCUGCUGAAGCCUCUGGAAGUCAGCCUGGCUGGGGGCCUGCGGGGCAGUGCCAGCUUCUCUCUGGAGGUGGGGGAAGGCAGCACCUUGACCCAGGAGGUCAUCCUGGACGCCUCAUGCCCCUACCUCCGCUUCCAGACCCAGGUUGAGUGGAAGGAGGCCCACAAGUUCCUGAAGGUGGAGUUCCCUGUGCAGGUGCGAAGCACAGAGGCCACUUACGAGAUCCAGUUUGGCCACCUGCAGAGGCCAACACACUGCAACACCUCCUGGGACUGGGCUCGAUUCGAGGUGUGGGCUCACAAGUGGCUGGAUGUGUCGGAGCACGGCUUUGGGGUGGCCCUGCUGAACGACUGCAAAUACGGAGCAGCAGCCCACGGCAACGUCCUCAGCCUCUCGCUGCUGAGAGCACCCAAGUCCCCUGAUGCCACAGCAGACAUCGGGCACCACCAGUUCACCUACGCUGUGCUGCCUCACCUGGGGUCCUUCCAGGAUGCUGGUGUGAUCCAGCGUGCCUACGAAUUGAAUUUCCCCCUCCAUGUGGUGCCAGCCAGCUGUGCCCAGUGCCCAGCCUGGAGUGCCUUUUCUGUCAGCUCCCCUGCAGUCGUGCUGGAGGCUGUCAAGCAGGCUGAGGACAGGUCUGAUGCUCUGGUGGUUCGUCUGUACGAGGCUCAUGGCAGCACUGUCGACGCCUGGCUCCAGACCUCCUUCCCUGUUCAGGAGGCGAUGCUCUGUGACCUCCUGGAGCAGCCAGCUGCACAGGGCCGCCUGCCGCUGGAGCCGCAGGGCGUGAGGCUUUCCUUCACACCCUUCCGUGUGCUCUCUGUCCUGCUGGUCUUGAGGCACUGACACACUCCAUCACCCUUCCUGAUGCUCUGGCAACCUGGACCAGCACUGUGAGCUUCCCCCAUCCCAAGAGCUGUGCAAGAAGGUGGUCCCAGGGAAGGGCAGAGCCUUCCCUUCACCAGCAGAGAGCAGUGCUCAAGAACCACCACAUU